GUCCCAGGAAGUUGCGCAUGUUGUGCAGAAGUUCCUCGAUCCAAUUCAGUAUUUCACGAGAGACAACGUCUUUCUUCGAAGCGGCUGGGAUACAUUUGACAUGAGGAUCAGUGCGACACGGGCGAGGCCGGAUUGCCGUACCGUUCAAAGUGCAGCGCUCGUCAAGGAUGUUUGGUGUACCAUUCAGACUUCACGUGUCGACAUUCUUAUUCAGCGGAUGUCACAAACACAUCUACCAUCAGUCGGCUUGCUGCCCGCCAGGCUAGAUCAUGUUGAGAUGGCCAUUCCGGAGGCGGUGCUCAACGUCAUGCUGGAGGAGAAGCUGUCGGAAUAUAGUGCUCUUUUAACACACAUCCUGAAGCUUGCUGAACUCAGAAUUCAAAAUAUUAUUUCAAUCAUAAAUGCACAUAAACGCUCUAUUCCUAAAGCAGAAAUAAACGCCUGGAAGAACCGUGCUCUGGUGAAUACAGGAAAACUUCUACAAAAGGCAGUUCUUCAGCGCGGAGUCAAGCAAUGUCAAUUGUAG